AUGUUUUCCUUAUUCGCCAGCGAGAAGCCUCAACCCAAGGCUGCCGAGGUUGCCAUUCAGAAGAUCUCAAACAUCUCCGCCACCCACCUGUCUCGCUUCGAGCGUCUUCCCAAGGUCCAACGCUAUGCCAUCAUAGGUGCUGCCUCCGUUGGUGGAGUAUCCCUCCUCUACGCUUUGACGCGCUCUUCAAAGUCUGCCAGGCGUCCUCCUAUCCCAUCUCCCAGAGAUUCGCUGCUUCCGGACUUGUCUCCUGAGGAUGCUGCAGAUCUUCCCUACCAUCCAGCUGCGUUGCCAGGAGCCCGGGAUGUCGACUCACCAUGGGGAACUAUCCGCGUCUAUGAAUUCGGCCCAAGAGACGGAGAAAAAGUUUUACUCAUUCACGGGAUCUCGACACCUUCAAUUGCUCUGACUGACUUGGCACACAAGUUGGUUGGCAGGGGACGACGUGUCAUGCUUUUUGACCUCUUCGGUCGCGGCUACUCUGACGGCCCGUCACCAGACACAACCGACUAUGACUCCAGCCUCUUCACCACCCAGAUUUUGCUUGCACUCCAAUCAUCGCCCAUCCAUUGGUCAACCUUUACCAUAGUUGGAUACUCCCUUGGCGGUGCCAUCGCUGCAGACUUUACGUCGUACUUCCCUUCGCUAGUCCGCGGCCUUGUACUUGUAGCUCCUAGUGGUCUUAUCCGCAAGUCGCACUUCUCCAUUUCCAGCAGCAUGCUAUACCGCAGCUCGUGGAUGCCAGAGUGGAUGGUACGCAAGUUUGUUGCAAGUAGGCUAUGGACAGGAGCAAAGGUCGUAGAGAGUGAUCCUGAGGCCGUAGAGAAUGCCGAGACCACCACGACGGCGAGCGAGGGAGAUAAGACGUAUGUGAGCAGCAACCAGAUGCUUUUGCCAGGCAAUCCACAUUCCACCGUUUCUUCGGUCGUGGAUUGGCAGAUUCAAAAUCACAAGGGUUUCGUGCCGGCCUUCAUAUCGACUAUCCGCCACGCGCCCAUCUACAACCAGCACGACCGCUGGAGCGUCAUUCGUGAGAACAUCGAGAACCGUGCCGGUCCGCUAAAGGAAGUCUGGCUUAUUCUCGGCGAGACAGACCCCAUCAUCAAUGCGGAUGAAAUCACUGAGGACGCAAGGGCAGUACUCGGCGAGGACAAUGUCAGGGUUAAGGUGCUGGACGGCGUAGGUCACGAAGUCGCCAUCGAACGUGCGGAUGAUGUCGUCCGGGCUGUAAGACGAGUUGGUACCAAGAGCGAGGAGGUCCGAGAAGUUAGGGAGGAAGUCGCUGCUCCCGAGCCGGUCGAGAAGCCUGAGAAGCCCGAAAAGCCUGCGAAGGCCGAUAAGAGUGAAAAGAGCGACAAGAAGGAGAAAAAGAGCUCGAGCCGGAGGAAGCACGGAGGCUCGCACGCCAGUUCAAGCACGAAGUGA